AUGAAAAUGCAAUUUUUUUGUUAAUAGAGAUCAACAAUAGCCAUUGUACAGAUGAUGAUAGUGGGGAUUCAACAAAAUAAAUUUUUCUUUGAUGCGGUGAAAUUGCUUGCCAUGCUGAUUAUGAUAAAAUAAUGUAUACAUAGAAUUGUGAUUUCUCAAAUCCAUGGAUACUUGUUGUUGUAUACAGUCGUCAUCAUCAUCAUCAUCAUCAUCAAAAUUUUCAUUUUUCAAUUCAAUUACACAGUGUAAUUCUAUAUGUGUGUUUACAAAAUAACAAACCAACGAAAAAAAAACUGUUGAAGAAAAUUAAUGAAUUAUGGUGAAAAAGAAACGAAAACCUGUCCUGUUGAUUCUACCGAAUUGAUUGACCUUCAAUUUAAGUGUUGAGUUUUAUUUAUUAAAAAUUCUCCUGUGUUUUGUAUAUGUGUGUGUGUCUGUUCUUAAUUCAUUCUCUAAAACGCCGGUGUGUUUGAUUUCCUCAUUUUUUUGCAUUCAAAAAUUGCUUUAAUCAUCAUUAUAAAUGGAUGAACAAGUGAAUUUGUAAUUCGGUUUAUUGAAUCAUAAUGAUGUUAAUUUAUAAGAAACGGAUAAAAACGACAAUUAUAAUUGUAAAAAUGUAAAUAUGGCUCAAUAAUCAAUCAUCAAGAUAUAUAAUUUGUGUUCUUCAUGUUUGUCAAUGUGAAUUCCAGUGAUUUUCAAUGAAUAUUCAUCUCUAUGACUAUAUUCAUUCUCGAUGACAAUUGAUUUGAAUGUGAUGUGAAUGUAUUCUGUUGUCAGCAAUAUUUGAAAAAUAAUUCUUCAAUACUUGUCUUCCUUUGAUCACUUUGUUGUUGUGAUUCGAUCUUAAAUAAAUUUCAUUUUUUUUAAUUACAAAAAUCAAAAUUAUCAUCAUCAUUGUAAUAAUUAAACCAUGAAGAAUAUAAGCAAAAUAUUUGACGUGUCAUUCAACAUAUUUCGACGAAUGCUCAUAUUUUUGAUGGCAAUCAUAUUGUUCAAUAGUAUUUCAUUGUUACUUAUUUCAUCAUCAUCAUUUUUAUUACUUGGUGAUUGUCGAGCAGAAUUAUCUUCCCUACCACCAUCAGCAGCACAGUUGCCAACAUCUUCAUCAUCAUGUCUACAACAACAACAUCAGACUGUAUCGCCAUCAUGUGUCUCAACAUCUCAUGUGCAGAAUAAAAAAUAUCAUCAUCCACAUAAGAAUAAAGAAUCGACUACAAAUAUUCAACAAAAUCCUGUGCCAAUCAAGAGUUCAGUGCCUGAUAAUAGUGAUAAUAAUAAUUAUAUACAAUGUCAGCUACAGGUUGCAAAAUCGACAAAUGAAAUUCAGCCAAUACAACCUGCGCAAACAAUCAAUGAUUUCGAUUGUGAACAAUUGAAUUUCUGUGAUGAUCGUCCUGGUUUCGAAGCCAUCCUUUAUCUUCAUCAUCAAUUGGAUGAAGAUGCAAAUGGUGAUAUUGAUAUAGCAGAAUCUGAUGAAUUUAUUCGUGAUGAAUUAAAAUAUGAAAAUGGUGCCGAACGACAAAAAGCAUUCCAUGGAAAUGAUAAACAUAUUACUGUUGAUGAAUUAUGGCGUGCAUGGCGUAUAUCGACUGUACAUAAUUGGACAAUCGAUCAGACUGUAGAAUGGUUAACUGAAAUUGUUGAACUACCUAAAUAUCAAAGAAUAUUCGAAACGAAUGCAAUCAAUGGUAUAGCGCUUCCACGUUUAGCUGCCAAUCCACAAAUGUUUUCCAUAUUGGGCAUUAAUAACCCCAUACACAAACAAAAGAUUGCAUUGAAAGCGAUGGAUGUUGUAUUGUUUGGUGAACCAAAGUCAAAAAGCUCCAAUAAGGAUUUUAUAAUGGGUUUUCUUUGCAUUUUUGCCACAGUUGUUGGUUAUUACGCCUAUCGACAACAUGAAUAUUCCAAAGAACAUAUUCGAAAAAUGACAAAAGAUAUUGAAACCUUAUCUAUUUAUGAAAAACAAAUUGAAUCAAUGCAAAGUGAAUUGGAUAAAUUAAAACAAGAACAGCAAGAAACAUCCAAGGAAAAAGAGGAAAUGGAACGUAAACUUAGAGCUAAUGAAUUGAUCAAAGCAAAUAAGGGAGAAUAUUUUGAUAUUGGAACAUUGGCAUCCGAUACUGAUGAUCGUAUUAGAGAAAUGGAGGAAGAAUUGCAGGAAACUAAAUGUGAAUUACAACGUGUACAACAAGCAUAUGAAAGUCGACAAUGGAUACCGCCGCGAGCUUUACAACUUUAUCUGCAAUUUACAUAUGAAAUUGAGAACCGUUAUUAUAAUAUGAAAAAAGCUAAUGCUGAACAUCAAUUGCAAGCGGCACGUGAAGGUUGUGAUAAAUUAAAACGAAAACGUUCAUCCAUAUUCGGAGCAUUUCGUAUGGCACAUGGUUCGGCUAUUGAUUAUGUUGAUAAUACAAUAAUUCAGGCACGAACAUUACUUGCUGAAUUAACACAAGAAAUGCAUGAACGUAUCAAACGAUGGAAACAGAUUGAAUUGUUUUGCGGUUUUGAAAUUAUACACAAUCCAGGAUUAAGUCAUUUAGAACAAUACCUAUAUGGAACAACCGGAAUAAGUAAUGCAUCAAGUCAAAUGAAAACAUCAGCAUCAACAACUUCAAUGUCAAAAUUGUUACGUCGAGGUAGUGAAGCUACCAUAGCUGAAGAAGACGCCAUUUCCAUAGUUUCCGCUCAAUCAAAACCAUAUAGUCCUUGGCAUUCAACCAUACAGGCUGUUCAAGCUAUAGAAAGGUGGCAGAAUCAUCAGAUUUCUACUAAUCCUCUUCCUAUUAAAAUGUCAUCAAUUCAAUCGAUAUACCAACAUCCACAAAAAAGCUCAAUAAGUGACGAAAAUAGCACCGAUAAUAUCUUUUACAUUGGUGAGGAUUCACAACAAAUCACGAAUGGGGCUGGUGGUGGUCGAUCAAGUCUUCCAAUUAAUCGAAAAAAAUUAUCAUUACAAACAAAAGCACAUCAAUUGUCCAAUAUACGAAGUAGCAGUGACGGCGUUCAAAGACAUUUUGAAGAGAAUCAAUCAAUUAUCAAUGAUCAACAUUCAAAUGUUUGUUCACAACCAAAUAUAUCUAAUUCGAUCAUGUCAUUCGAUACUAGUUCUAUCACAAGUGCUUAUUUCCCGACUAGCCACGAUGAAACUAACAACUCAAUUGAUUCGAUAACGAUGCGAACAAAAGAUUUAUUAUUCAACAACCAUGAAUCAAAUGAUGAAACAUUCUCUUCCGAUUCGAAUGAUUCAAAUAUCAAUAUCAAUACCGAAUCUUCAAACUAUAAUGGCCACGAUCUCAUCAACAUUAAUGGCAAUGGAAAUGGAGCUAAUAAUGAAAUCGAUCAUCGAAAAAAAUUUGAUAGAAAAAAAUUAGACGAUAAAAAACGACAUAUCGGUUUAUUUCGUGGUAUACGAGCUAAAAAUAAAAAAACAAGUUAAACACAACAACAACAAUGAAUAACCGAUCAUUUGUCGUUUUCAUAUUUUGAAACACAUUAUUAUUAUUAUUAUUAUAAUUAUUUUGAACACAAUCAGUUCAAUAAAAAUUUACUGUGAAUUAU